AUGCUGCACCUUGCGGAAGCGUGUAGAGGCAGACGUCUCGCCCCGAUGCCGAGCUUCGCCUGCAAACGUGUCGUCUUCCGCCCCCCACGAAGAGGAGGAGCUGGCAGGUGGGGCUUUCUGCGGCAGACGGCCAUUGUUUUUCUUUGCUCUCCGCCCCCCAGCGGAGAGGAGAGGAGCGGGGCGUGUGACUGUACGCGAGACUCGGUCGUUGUCUUCUCCCUCCUGGCAAGAGAGGGGGAUGCCGGCGUUGGAAUGCCUUUUUUUUCUUUGUUUUGUCUUGUUUUCAUUCUCCUUCCUUUUUUCUUCGUUUGCCACAUCCAGCUUGGGCCCGCGCAGCGGCGGUGCCGAGCUGCUUUUUAUUUGCUUGCCACACUCGUCCCUGCCUGCCUGCGGGCGGGGGAGAAACAGGGCGAGGAGGGCGCCACGGGCAUUUGUGUUAUAUUUUUUGUGCACCUGCAUCUUCUGCCCUCCGUGGAUUCCUCGCCCUCCUUCUCCCGCCUUUUUGUUUUCUUCUUACUGCGGGGGCUGCUGCGUGGCCUCGCAGUGCCGCAAUGA